AGGAAGUGGUUUUGUACACGAACCCGUACCUUGAUUCCCGUGUUUUUGUUUCAUCUUUUGCCUCAUUCAUUUUUCGCGAAUUUUGAUUUUCAUUCACUAGACGUCACAAAAGGAAACGUCGGCAGCUUUGUAAGUACAACCGAACCUAUUCUUGUUGCUCCGUGUAAGUAUUCAUAUGAUUUUUGUACCUGCAGCUCCCGCUAGUCCUUGUGCAAAAGCAAAAGGAAAAACGACCAGCAUGAUGUUCUCGUCCUCCACAACCGCCUUCCUUCGGCGUGAACAAGGCCCGUCCUCGCGCGGACGCUUCUGUCGCCGCGGCAGUUGCAGUUCAUUGCCACAGUGGCUGGCUGCAGCUGGGGGUCUAGUUGCGAUUUUUCUCGACAAGAGCGGGCUUCCAGGAGUGCAGGACGCCGUUGCGUUGUCGUUCAUGACAAAGAUGAAGAUGAAACUGCACCAGCAGAGGAAGAAGUCCUCUGUUUCGGAGAUGGAGCAGCUUCCUCGACGGAGGAGUCCAACAGGUACUGUAACAUCAACUCCGGUCAUGAACGAACAAGGGGACAAAAAGAGUCGGUCUCCACCUGGAAGGAGCGGCUUUCUGGAACAUCAAAGGCAGGGGCGCAGCACGAGAAUAAAAAAAAUGAAAGCGAAGUGUCAUGGAAAGGAGCUGUUUGAGUACGUCGCGGCUGGAGGACCGCGUAACUACGAUUACAGGCACGACGGCCAUGGCAUGGUAAAAAACGAGUGCAAACUUUGUCUCAAGUGCAGUGGUCGCAGCUGGCUGAAAUACAUCGAUACCGCCACCGGACAGGCGACAUCGUGGCAAAUGAAGAACACGCCGCGCAACUGGAGGUGGGAGAAAUACAGUUACUGUGCAAACGGGGAAAACCACGGAGGGUGCCUCGAGAGCAAUCUUGACGAGCUCUACAAAAAUGGGUGGAACGAGGGGCAUCUCACGUUCUUUGGAGAUGCGCCGGACUACGACCGGAGCCCCAACAUUGUUGACAAAGACGGGCUCCACCACCUGGAGGGCAGAUGCGAGGCGCGGACUGCGAUGAAAAAAAGGGGACUUUCGGGUCCCUUACAGCAGCGCUUUGACAGCCAUGCGUGGGCCACAGCUCCGAGCGGGGAGGGCAUUGACUGGAAAACCAGAAUGGCCCCCGUGGGGUGGCACAAGACUGCGGCCUGGGAGAACAUCAGCAAUGAACUGGAAGAGGCCGCGCAACGGCUGGGGGACAAUUUCCUCGUUGUCAGCUUGUCAGCAUUCGCUCCCUCCUGCGGUUCCCGUUUGUACUGCCGCGGCACCUCCGCCGGCUACACCUGGGAUGAUCACAGUGCCGCGGCCCGUUACUCCAUUUGCGAGUGCGAGGCGUGCUGCGGGAGGACUGAGAGGGAAAUGUCCUUGUUUAGCUUCCGCGAUAUGUGGCGUUGCGCCGAGAUUGGGUUUUUCUCCCUCGACGUUUAUGCCGGCAAGAUUUCCCCUGAUAUCGAACGCACGUCCACAUUCCCUUCUACCACCGCACCCCCGGAGACGCCGGCGCCCGACAAACCGAAAACCGCACCCCCGGAGACGCCGGCGCCCGAAAAACCGAAAACCGAGGCACCGAAGACGCCGGCGCCCGAAAAACCGAAAACCGAGUCACCGGAAACGCCGGCGCCUGCAAAACCGAAAACCGAGGCACCGGUGAGUGAAAAUGCUGGUGACAAUCAUGUCGACGCCAACGGGAACCAGCGAGAGCAGCUGCUGCAGCCUGCACGCAUAUGACAAAGAAUACGCAAUACUCUAGCAGCCUGCUGAAAGCAAAGCCUAAAUAGCGAACAGGUUAUUUGAUGUGGCUCCAUAUAAGCCAAGCUACAGCUUUUGGCGUACCAGAGAACAUUUGGUCAUCAACAUCUGACGGACUAGAGGGACGAGCAAAGAACAUCAAGCUGUUGCAUUUCGAUUUUUGCGUUGCGUUGUGACAACUACAACAGAAGAUAAAUUUGCUGUCGACGACGUGUGUAAAAAUGUUGGUCAUGGAAAUCGAUCCCGCACACACGUAACACGAUCGCCCCAAAUGACGCCUGUUCCCAAUGAAAUGACAGUUCUGAGUGACCUGAACUAGCUAGAUCCUUAGGGAAAUGGUCAGAAUCUAUCUAGAUCCUAAAGGAAUCUCUUCACCAUGUUCCGCGAAUCCCCCAAAUACUACGAAGGCAAAGCCAUCAGGAUCGUAGUGAAAUGAAUGGACUCAGCUCGGUCCAGACGUUCAGAAUGGUCGCCCUGGGGGACUUGACUCCCGCCAGGGUCGAGCACCAAUCUGAGCAGGUUGAGGGAUGGACUCCCAUGCUGUUUUGCCACUUGACUCCGGACCCGAUUGGUCCAUAUGAAUCUGAUGAAUUUGGAUGAAUUGAACCUACAGGAUGUAACGCAGCAAGAGACUUGCGUCACUUGCUUGCUUACUUGCAAUUGAGAGAAUUCAUCGAAUUGCUGUUGAUAACGAGCUCAGAGGAGCAAGCGUGUGUAAGUGUGUGCGAGUGUUCUCAAGUCCAUUAACAAAAACUCUAUUGAUGUUGAGGAAAAAUAAAUAGGAAAAUUUUCCAUACAAAGACGCAGAGAUUACGUGCAACAGGAACAAGUGGUGCUAGAGCGAUUUGCUUGCAUAACGUGGACGACCAAGUAGAGAUCAACGGGACCGGUCUGCCCUGAGCAAUGAAGAUGAUGGCAGCACUCCUCCACAACAGGAAAACGGUGGGGGUGGUGGCGUCCCGCACGAAAAGCCUCUACUUGACACCCCCCUCGACUCGGAGCCGUCCGAAGCCAAGUGCUGCCCUUGA